AUGCCUAUCUUUCAGGAUCCAGAUCGUCGGCGUUUAUACAGCCGAUGGUCUGAUGACUACCACUCGGAGGAGUUGGGAAAUCAAGAGGGGCUGUCCACUUGGGGUAGAUACCAUGAGGACAAUCAAGAGCCUGACUCCUUUGGAAGGAGUACUGGUGUUCCAAAUGAUAGUCUCCAGUCAACGCUUGCCUCCCCGAAGAUACGGAAAAGUGAUCGAGAGGAAUUAAUACGGUAUAUCAAGAAUGCUGAUCCUACAGCUUGGGCUCAACCUCUUAUGGUACGUCUCAUGAUUGCCCGAGAAACUCGCUCUCGACCUUCCACACCAGUUACGUCAGAUGAAAGCUCAAGGGUGAAUCACCCAUCUGGUGGAGUUGAGCACUCGGUGGAUGGAGAUAAUUGGCAAAGAUCCCCGGAACUUGCAUCCCCAGCGGAUAUAGAACGUCCUCGCUCAGCACUGCAUUCUGGUGAUUUUCGAGAAGGGGUUGACCGUGCUCAAACCCAACACCAUCCGCCUCAAUCUCCCAUACCCAGAUUCAGCUCUCUCGCUCAUGGCCCUCAGCUGGGCUCUUCUCCAACCACGCCGUGGUUCUCCACGCCUGUUUUCACCAAUCCGUCACGAGUGCAGGAAUCCAAUCAUGCUUCAGAUCUGGGUACCUCUCCGGGCUUCCGUCCACGAGCUCCAUCUUUGAGCUCCUUCUCCUCCAGCUAUGUCCUGAAAGCUCCAACGAGUCCUUUGGUUCAUCAGGCGAACAACACCGAUUUGGACUUUUCACUGAAGAAUGAAUUUCGUGAACACCCGGCAGAUAUAGACAAAGUCAGCCGCCGUCGCACAUUGCCUCCAGAGACGUUCCGGGAAUUCCAGUCCUCUUCCCCGCCAUUCCCAGGUGCGGCCAACCUCAACUCUAACCAUCUUCCCAGGGGAUUUCACGAUUCAAGUUCUUUCCGAGCUCAUCAACCCCGGAAGUCAUUGACCUCUUCGUAUAGCCUUCAAUUGGCUUCGUCCGUACAAAGCCCAGCUUGGAGAACAAGAAGACCCUCUCUUGCUUCUGAAGCCUCCUCUAAAGCUCAUGCACCGAUGGUAGGAUCCUAUGAGGAAUCAAUUCUCCGUGGAAGAAUGUCGAUGAAUCCCUCUAAGCCGCUCGAUUUCACUGCGCAAAUUGGCGUUCUGGGCAGAGGAACGUGCAAAUCCAGUCUAAGGUGCCCGCCGCAUGCCACUGUUCCCUUCCCUGCGGUGUUUUACAGUUACCCGACUUCGGGAAGCGGGCGCUCGAUCGAAGAUGACAAUCCAAGUCCUUAUGUGGGUCUUAUCGACCUGGAGAACUCUUUACCCAAGGACACUUCAACAUCCAAUCGGCGUCGCCGCUAUCAAAGCCCUGCUCGUCCCUAUAAUGACCAGAUCGCUGAUAGUGGCAUUGGGUCAGAGUACCAGGCCCUGGAAGCAUUACGGAGAAGAGAGAAACGAAGUCGACGCACAGAACCGCCCAAAUGCCCCACUGGUGGAUGUUAUCGUAUACCACAGCAGGGCCAGUUACAAAUUAUGAUUAAGAAUCCAAACAAGACGGCUGUCAAGCUUUUCCUCGUCCCUUACGAUCUUACCGACAUGGAGCCUGGCACUAAGACCUUCAUCCGCCAAAGGAGCUACUCGGCUGGCCCGAUUAUCGAUAUGCCUUUGAAUGCUCGGAAAAACUAUGGCACAGAUCGGCCUGAAGCUUCUCUAAACGCUUCCGAGGAUCCUGGAGACAAGCCGAUAUUACGUUACUUGAUCCAUCUGAAUAUCUGCUGUCCGUCUAGGGGUCGUUAUUAUCUCUACUCGAGUGUUCGAGUCGUCUUUGCCAACCGAGUGCCAGACGGUAAAGAGAAGCUACGAAACGAGAUACAAUAUCCUGACCCUCGAUAUACUCCGUAUAAACAAGCUCGUGAAACUAACCCUACCCAUGUCAAUGCGAGACCAGACAAGGGUUACAAAAAGCCUGCGACGGACAUGUUCUUGCAAUCCUCAAACAAGACCAUUUGUAAAUACAACGUUUGCGGCGCGGGACGACGCAGCUACCGCUAA